CAAAGCCGCUGCAAAAAGCUGCGACAAAAACGCAUCGCGGGGCGCUUAGAAAUUGAUUUGCGCACGUAGUUACACUCCUGCCACAGCAGCGCUGCCGCUGCCGCAACUACAACAAACAAGGAUGGCCCAGCAGCCCGACGCCGCGGCAGCCGCCCAGCUCGCGCGCAUCAGCCACGGCUCCUACGGCUUCAAGGGGUUGAAGGACCACUACGAGGACCGCGUGGAUGCGAAACACCUCGGCGGGUUGGGUUUGUGGUUCGGCGUCUACGACGGGCAUGGGGGAGAGCACGCGGCAGACUACGUGCAGGCAAAUCUCGGCAGCGCCGUCGAGCGUACCAUUGGAGAGACGAUCCCGGGCUUCGAGGAGCGCUUGGGGGACGCGCGCGAGACGGCCAAGCGGCGCAAGCUCGCCGAGGGCACAUCCACCACUGGUCCAGUGCUCCCCUCCGUGCGCGAAAAGGAGGAACUGCGGGCCAUCGAGAACGCGGCGAAGGAGGCCGAUGCGCGCAUCGAGGAAUUGAGGGCAGUCGGCUACGGGUCGCCGGAGCUCGCGGAGCUGCGGGACGCGCUCACGAAUCGGAGGCGGUGGUUGGAUAAAGCGUCCAAAAAACGAAAAGGCGGCCGCGACGCCGGGGCGGCGUUGUCAACGGUGGAAAAGGCCGCGAAGCAGCGGGCCGAAGCGCUGCGAGAGGCUGGGGCAAAAGCGGCGGCCGCCGCGACCGUCAACAUAGACGACGCGCGGUGGCGGCCGGCGAUCGAGCGGGCCUUCCUCGAGCUGGACGACGCGUUCCUGGCCGAGGCGGACCGGCGGAAGUGGGACGACGGUUCUUGCGUCUGCGCUGGAUUACUAUUAGAGCACGCGCGCAAGCUCGUCACGGUGAACCUGGGCGACUCGCGACUUAUUAUUGCAAGGGGCCUCGGCGCUUUGCGAGGUACCAUAGAUCAGAAGCCCGAGAGCGCGACGGAGAAGCGGAGGAUAGAGAAGGCUGGUGGGUAUGUGGUCGACUUGAAUGGGGUCUGGCGCGCGACGAGCGCGGCGGGCGUCGGGUUCGGGGUGGACCGGCGCAACAAGUCCCUGUAUUUGAGCGUGGCGCGGUCUAUUGGUGAUAGGCAACUCAAAAGGCCGACGGCUGUAUUGAGCGCGGCGCCGGACGUCCGCGUCCUUCCUCUGGAAGAUGAUGAUUUGUUGGCGGUCGUCGUCUGCGACGGCGUCACGGACGUGCUGGACGACGGCGCCAUCGUCAGCCUAGCCGUCGAGAACUUCGGCAAGCCCGAAGAAAGUGCGCGGCGGAUUGUGCGCGAGGCGUUCGCCAAGUCGCGGCGGUGUGAAAAUCAAAUAUCGACGCGAUGGUGUCUCACUGGUCGAUUGCCACAGGUCAGCGGCGGACAACGUCACCGCGGUCGUCGUCGAGUUCCCGUGGGUCGACGCGGCCAAGGUCGCGGCGGUCCGCGCCAAGGCGAAGAGCGCGAUCGCCGAGGCGAAGAAGCAGCAGGCGGACGAGCCGCUGGACAUGUUUGCGUAACCUUUCUAUUAUUGGUUUGCUCAGCAGCACUAGGCUUGGGGAUCGGCGUUUUGGGCCUGUUGCCCGGUUUACUCGGCAUCGAGUUGCUUCGUUGCUGGACACCAAACACUCGCAAGCUCGCACAUCGCGUCGUUCAAACGCUUCAAAGCGCACAAGCCAAAGUGAGUCCCGUCCCGUCCGACAACACUUCCCGCGCCACCGCUUUGGCCCCAACCCUCAGUGCUCAAGAGACACAAAAUUUUUGUGACUCGCAGGAGUGCCACUCCCCGCCCAAUUUAACCGCCGCACACACGGCGAAGCGCGCCCGGUGGGCGCGCGCGUUCGCCAAAACGAGAGCUCGUAACGCCCAGCCCGCCUCGCGCGGCGCAGCGUGGCGCGCGCGGCGCCGCACCGGACGCGGAGUCACACACAGGCAUCAAGGACCUCGGCUGGUGCGUGGGAAACGACGUGAGCCUGAAGAAAGCGU